CCAAACUCUUCUCGUUCCUUAGAGUUCUGAUACAGAAGUGAUAAGCCUAUCAGAUAAUCCGGAUGUACCCCUCUCUAAACCACAUCCGGUUUGAAGGCUUGUCAAGCUCAGACAAGGUCGAUGGCGUGAUAGCUACGUGCUACAAUUUUCUCUUUUACCCCUCCUAAUUCUUACGAUGGCGACACUUUGAUCAAUGAUUAAGUAAUAAUAAGGCAUCAUUCAAUUGAACGGACUAAGUGAAUAGAUUCCUUCUUAAUAAACCCCCGAACUCCUCCGUCCUCUUCCUUCCUUCUCUCAAUCUCUACUUAUACUUUGAUACCAACUACAUUGUACAAACAACCCCGAUACUACCUCAUCAAACCCUCAACAAACAUUCAAAAUGGCUGAAGAGAGACCAACCCCCCUCCGUUUAGGAUCCAUCGCCCCAAACUUCAAGGCAGAGACCACUACUGGCCCAAUCGAUUUCCAUGAGUUUAUCGGUGACAAGUGGGUUGUCUUGUUCUCCCAUCCUGAGGACUACACACCUGUUUGCACCACUGAACUCGGUGCUUUCGCAAAACUCGAACCAGAAUUCACCAAGCGCGGCGUGAAGCUCAUUGGUCUUUCUGCAAACACAAUUGAAUCGCAUGGUGGAUGGAUCAAGGACAUUGAUGAGAUCUCCGGGAGCAAGCUUACCUUCCCAAUCAUUGGUGACAAGGAGCGAAAGGUCGCCUAUGCAUAUGAUAUGCUCGACCACCAAGAUAUCACCAACGUUGACUCUAAGGGUAUUGCAUUCACCAUCCGAUCUGUUUUCAUUAUCGACCCAAAGAAGACAAUCCGCCUCAUUCUCUCUUACCCAGCUUCCACUGGUCGUAACACUGCCGAGGUUCUCCGUGUUGUUGACUCUCUUCAAACUGGUGAUAAGCACCGCAUCACAACUCCUAUCAACUGGGUUCCAGGUGAUGACGUAAUUGUCCACCCUGGUGUCAAGAAUGAGGAGGCCAAAACCCUCUUCCCAGAAUUUCGCACCGUCAAGCCAUAUCUUCGAUUCACUCCUUUGCCAAAGGAGAAGACAUCUGCGGCAGAAUAAGUGUCGCGCGAAGCGAAAUUAUGAAUUGAUGAAGGGGCUUUCUCGAUCGAAUGACAGAUAUGACAAAUAAUGAUUAAAUCGGCGAUUGGCUCAAUGAGGUCUCCCUUUUUGGAUGUCUUUUGGAGGAUAUUCUAAAUUAGAACAAGCAAAUAAAAAGAAAAAAAUAUCAAAAGCCUAAUUACUAUCUCACA